AUGGAUAGAAGAAAAAUUAUAGUUGUGCUUACAAUUUUGGCCACUUUUGCUGCACAAGCGGUCGCUUUUAUUUGUACUCCCGAUAACGAUUUUGUUGCUCCUCAUAUUUCAAGUUGCACAACAUACUUUAAAUGUAAAAACGGGCAAUAUCAUCUGUAUGAAUGCCCGGAUGGUUUACAUUUUAGUUUAAUAACUGGGGAAUGUGAGUCACCGGCUGAUGCACAAUGUCCUUGGGCAUCUGAAGAUGAAACGGAGCAAGAGGAAGAAUCAGAAAUUAUCGGCACUUCGAGUGAGGAAUUAGAAGGGGAAUGCGAUGGUCAAGGGUUUGUGCCACAUCCUUCAAUUUGUUCAAAAUUUAUUGAGUGCCAUAACGGUGUGGGGAAAAUUCAUAAUUGUUUACCAGGAUUUUAUUUUAAUAAAGAGACUGGAUCUUGUGAUAUACCCGAUAAUGGAAUUUGCAACUUAAACGCUGAAAAUCUUCCUAAUGAUGACAUAGAUCUAGGUAUUGCUUGUUCUCUUGACGAUUAUUUUUAUUUACCUCAUCCAAGAUCUUGUCAGUUGUAUAUACGAUGUAGGAACGGUAUCGUAACAGUAUUAACUUGUUGGGAUGGAUUUUACUGGAAUACUGCUGCGAAUCGUUGCGAUUUGGCACAAACUGUUGAUUGCGUUAUUGAUGCUAGUUCAGAGGAAGUGUCAGACGAGUCAAGUGUCCCGGAAACUACAACAUUGGUUACAACAUCUGCAGAAGAAACUUCUUCAAGUGAUACAACUGAACCAUGGACAACCACAACUCAACAGACAACUGAAGGACAAGGGACAGUCACAACACCACCGACAACUGAACAACAAUGGACAACGACAAGUCAAUGGGCAUCUGAAGAAGAAUGGACAACUACUGAAGAAACUGUACUAAAUUGCGAUGCUUCCAAGUGCCCUUCCGUCAAUGGAGAAUUUCCUGUAUAUUUACCGCAUGAAGAUUGCACAAAAUUCUGCGUAUGCGACUGGGGAAAAGCACACAUAUUAGAUUGUCCAUCUGGAUUACACUUUAACCCAAAAUUAAAUGUUUGUGAUUGGCCACAAAACGCUGGAUGUUCUGGAUCCAACACCAACAAACCAACUGAUGCAACCACCAGUACACCAACAAAAACCACAACAACCGAAACGACCACCACUCCCUCCACAGAACCUGGAUACUGCGACAAUAAUAAAUGCCCACCCUUAAACGAAAAGUAUCCAAUAUUCUUCCCCCAUGAAGAUUGUGGUAGAUAUUGUAAAUGCGAUUGGGGUGUCGCUUUCGAAAUGAAAUGUCCGGACGGAUUACAUUUUAAUCCACAAUUGAAUGUGUGCGAUUGGCCCAAAGACGCUGGAUGUAUUGGAUCUACAAACAAACCAACUGAAGGAACUAGUGAAACUACGGAAAAUACAACAACGGAUAUUACUACCCCAAUUGAUAAAUCUGGGUCAUGUGACACCGAACAAUGCCCGGCAACGAACGAAAAGUACCCAAUAUUCUUCCCCCAUGAAGAUUGUAGUAAAUACUGCAAAUGCGAUUGGGGUGUCGUUUUUGAAAUGAUGUGCCCAGAUGGAAUGCACUUUAACCCCAACUUGAAUGUUUGUGACAAUCCCGAAGAUGCUGGUUGUGAAACUAAAACAGUUACAACAACGGAGAAAAAUGAACAAAGCACUACAGAUAAUAUCAAUAUGAACCCAGAUGGGGAAUGUAACCAAAUAAAUGAGGAAUACGUUGAAUUUUUAACAGAUAGAUAUCAUUGCGAUAGAUUUUACAAAUGUAAUUGGGGAGUACCAGUAUUAACUUUCUGUCCUGAUGGUUUACACUUUAAUCCAACUGAGAACGUUUGUGAUUCACCCGAAAAGGCAGGUUGUAGAGCUCAUUGGACCUCAACUGAAAUGACAACGGAAGGAACAACUACAAAAGCAACAACACCCAUAGAGACAACAUCAUUAGAAACAACAACAGAAGAAUUAAUAAUAACAGAAUACGUUCAUCUGGAUCCUCGGGGAGAUGGCCCAGAUGGAAGUUGCGGAACAACAAAUAGUAUUCAAUUUCUACCUGACAAAUUACACUGUAACCGAUAUUAUAUUUGCAACUGGGGUACUCCAGUUCUUCAGUACUGCUCACCAGAUACUCUCCAUUUUAACCCAGUUCUUAAUGUUUGCGAUUGGGCUUGGAGUGCUGGGUGCAGCGCUGGACAAAAAUGA